UUGGCUAGAGGAUCAAAAGCUUGACAGGGUGUGUGUGAGAUCCCAGCCUCAAAAACUACAUCUACGGACUAGUCAUGACUGCAUGGUUAGGGGCCUCCUACGUUUUGCCUAUUCUGCUAGUCAGCUUUGUGCAGACAAAUGCCAAGCCUGAGAAGACAAAGAUGGAUUGCUAUAAAGAUGUGAAAGGAACCAUCUAUGAAUAUGAAGCCCUCACUCUCAAUGGAAAUGAACGCAUUCAGUUCAAGCAGUAUGCGGGCAAGCAUGUUCUUUUUGUCAAUGUGGCCACCUAUUGUGGUCUGACAGCUCAGUAUCCUGAACUGAAUUCACUUCAGGAGGAGCUGAAGCCCUUGGGCCUGGUUGUAUUGGGCUUUCCCUGCAACCAAUUUGGGAAGCAGGAGCCAGGAGAGAACUCAGAGAUCCUUCCGGGGCUGAAGUACGUCCGUCCAGGCAGAGGCUAUGUCCCUAACUUCCAGCUCUUUGAGAAAGGGGAUGUGAAUGGUGAAAAAGAACAGAAAGUCUUCACCUUCUUGAAGCUCUCCUGCCCUCACCCCUCAGAGGUUCUAGGCUCCUUCAGACACAUCUCCUGGGAUCCUGUAAAGGUCCACGAUAUCCGCUGGAACUUUGAGAAGUUCCUGGUGGGGUCUGAUGGGGUCCCUGUCCUGCGCUGGUUCCACCGGACUCCCAUCAGCACUGUCAAGGAAGACAUCCUGGUCUACCUGAAACAGCUCAAAAUGAAAUAGGAAGGCAGGAGCAACCCUGCUUCUCAUCAGAAGACGUGUUUUAAAAAAAUUCCAGAUUUCACCACAUUCUUCUAAAUGGCCUGCCCUUGACCAAAGCAUGCUGUACCGCCAGAGUUCCCACUCUCUACCAAGCAGAUUUAUAUUCAGAAGACUACUGCUAUUUCUCCUUGCAAGAAUCCGUAUGUGGAAGAAGAACAAAAGAAUGGAACCUCUAAAUCCUUAGACCUCUAAUAUAAAUAAAUUUAAUCGGUCCUGUCCAUCAAAAGAAAAUCAGCGUUCCAUGAGGAUGGUUCAGUCUGCCACAACAUCCUGAAAAAGAACGUUCCAGACAGAAUGUUCCCCCUUCUCUUUCCACUCUAAAAGUGUAGAAAUAACAGUGGGAUGGUAGCCAUACAGCCGAGUUUCCACCUUAUAACACCUGCCCUCCACCGUGACAAACACGUAUUGUCAGUUUCCAAGUCUUUUGAGACCAGUGUUCAUCCAUGAAACUUACCCUCCCAUACACACAGUGACCUGUCAUUCUGGCUUAUGAGCUCUAAGGUGGAGUGAGAGCAGGAGACUGCCUUGCAAGAAUAGAAGGACAUCUCCAUGGUAGUGGGACCCGGAGCCUCUCUAUCAUUUAGAUCCUACAGAAACUUCCCUGCUGUCUGACUUGUAGUGCACUCAGGUCAUGACACCUGGACAAUGCAUCCUUUGAAGGAUGGGCUUUCUCUUGUCCAUCCUAGAUUCUUCAGCUUCAGAACCAGCUCUGCAUUGUCUCCAAUAAAAUGUUUUCUACAGCA